AUGGAGCAAGCUAAAUCAAGUGACGUAAAAGAAACCUUGUCCAUUCUUACGGAAAUGGCCAGUUUGUUGAAUGCUAAUCUUGAUUGCGACACAUUAGCUUUUUGCAUUUCAAUGUGUGAAAAGGGAGUUAAUCCAGAAGCAUUGGCAGCUGUUAUCAAGGAUUUGCGAAAAGAAGAACAAUUACGUGGAGCAUCUAGCAACGACACAUCAAUGCUUAGUUCAUAAAGAAAACUAAACACAGAAACUAUCUCACUCUUUCUCUGCUUGUUUGUUUGUCUAUUUGCACAUACACACAUACAUACACACAUAUACGUACACAGCAAAAAUAGUGAGUGAGUUAGUAUUGUAAAGGUAGAGAAAGUUACUUUUUAUAUAUGGAUAUUACUUUCCUUUUGUUAUUUU